ACCUCAUUCAGCCGGCGGCAGCGGAUCUAAGAGCAUCAGUCAGCUAUCGGUCUAUUCUCCACCCGGGACUCUCCUCUCACAAACACAAGUAAAAAUGGCAGAUGAAGAGAUUGCAGCGCUCGUCAUUGACAAUGGAUCCGGUAUGUGCAAAGCCGGCUUUGCUGGAGACGAUGCUCCCCGUGCUGUAUUCCCCUCAAUCGUUGGACGCCCAAGACAUCAGGGUGUCAUGGUUGGAAUGGGUCAGAAAGACAGCUAUGUAGGUGAUGAGGCCCAGAGCAAAAGAGGUAUCCUGACCCUGAAGUACCCCAUUGAACACGGAAUUGUCACAAACUGGGACGAUAUGGAGAAAAUCUGGCACCACACCUUCUACAAUGAGCUGCGUGUAGCCCCAGAGGAACACCCUGUUCUGCUCACAGAAGCUCCCCUGAACCCCAAAGCAAACAGAGAGAAGAUGACUCAGAUCAUGUUUGAGACAUUCAAUACCCCAGCCAUGUACGUUGCCAUCCAGGCUGUGCUGUCUCUCUAUGCCUCUGGUCGUACCACUGGUAUUGUGAUGGACUCUGGUGAUGGUGUCACCCACACAGUGCCCAUCUAUGAAGGUUAUGCCCUGCCCCACGCCAUCUUGCGUUUGGAUCUGGCUGGUCGUGACCUGACAGACUACCUCAUGAAGAUCUUGACUGAAAGAGGCUACAGCUUCACAACCACAGCUGAGAGGGAAAUUGUGCGUGACAUUAAGGAAAAACUCUGCUAUGUAGCUCUAGACUUUGAGCAGGAGAUGGCUACCGCUGCUUCAUCCUCAUCCUUGGAGAAGAGCUAUGAGCUGCCUGACGGUCAGGUCAUCACAAUCGGAAACGAGAGGUUCAGAUGUCCUGAAGCACUCUUCCAGCCAUCUUUCCUUGGUAUGGAGUCUUGUGGCAUCCAUGAAACUACCUUCAACUCAAUCAUGAAAUGUGAUGUUGACAUCCGUAAGGAUUUGUAUGCCAACACUGUCCUGUCUGGAGGUACCACAAUGUAUCCUGGCAUUGCUGACAGAAUGCAGAAGGAAAUCACUGCCCUUGCCCCCAGCACAAUGAAAAUCAAGAUUAUUGCACCACCUGAACGCAAAUACUCCGUAUGGAUUGGUGGCUCCAUCCUGGCUUCCCUCUCCACCUUCCAACAGAUGUGGAUCAGCAAGCAGGAAUACGAUGAAUCUGGUCCUUCCAUUGUUCACCGCAAAUGCUUCUAAACGGACUGAUAGAUGCAUUGCACUUGCUGCGUGAGAUCUUGAAAGUAUUAAUUUGCCUUGGCAAAUGUGUACGCCUCAUGCUAGCCUCGUGAAACUGGAAUAGAGCCAACUUCCAAACGAACUUGCCCUGGGAAUCAAACAAAGUCACACUAUGUUCUCCUCUAAUGCAAGACUUGGACCUGUACCCUGUACACACCUCUGAGACAAACCCUGGUUGGCAAACCGUCUGGGUAUCCCUUAGUCUUUUCUUUGCGUAGAAAGAAGCAUUUCUGUGAAAGGCUGCCGAUCUGCGACAGUAUUGUAAAUGACACUCCUCCCUUUACGUUACAAGUCCUGGGAGUAGUUGAAGUUGGAGAUGUGUACAGGGUAUCUGAGGGUAAACUAAAUUGGCAAUUAAUAUUCCAGAAUUUCAUCUUCGAGGCUGGUAAGAGUUCAUGAAGGAGUUGUCACUUCUUCCAGCUUUUUCUAGUAAAGUUGGAACACACGGCAUCCAGGCCUUAGAAACCAGGUUUUUGUUUCCCCAGUUUGUCUCUCCCAACACAUGGGGUCUGAAGCUACAAACCUUUAUUGCAGUUACACCUGUAAAUUUAUACAUCCAAGUUUAAUUUAUGUACUAUUUUGUAUGUUGCCUUAAUGUUCUCACUUGACAGUAGAAAACCAAAAUUUGUAAGUCAUCCUGACAAAUUGUAACUCCCGGAAAAACACAUUGUGUUAAAUAAAUAAAAAGCGCUGCAGUAAA